UACCUUUACCUUGCUCUCCGCAGCUCUGCAUGCUUCUGCAUCCAAAACAUCUUCCCUCCCUGGUUAUGGAAGAAAUGGGCUACAUAGGCCACAAUCCACAGAUUUCACACAAUACGACAGUUACAGUGACGUAGGAGAAGCUGUCAGAGAAACGCUGCCUACACAGGAUGGAACUGUUCAAGGAACAAGGAUGGACAGGGGAGUUUCAAUGCCUAACAUGCUGGAGCCAAAGAUUUACCCUUACCAAGUACUUGCAGUGACUAACAGGGGACGCAGCAAAUUACCAAGAGAUGUAGACAGAACAAGACUGGAGCGUCAUCUAGCCCCUGAUGUUUUUUACCAUCUAUUUAAUAUGGCCAUCCAGGAGUUUGACAGGCUACCACUUUGGAAGCGGAAUGAACUUAAGAAGAAAGCUCACCUCUUUUAGUCAACAAAAUGCUUGAUGGAAAUGGGUGACCGCAGAGGCCAAAUAGCAAAGUAAUAUUUUGUAAGGGAAGCAUUAUGGAAGUUAGCAAAAUCCCAAUGCUAAUGCAGAUGACCAGUGCAAGGUCAGAGAAAUUGAUAGUCGUAUAAAAGUUGCGAUAAUUUUCACCUGAGAAUUCUAUUUCAAUUACCUUAAUAACAUUAAUGACAGUAAUAUCAUUUCUUGUUAAACAAUAACUUUCUCUGACCUUUCUAGAGUUAUUAUAGAUUGGUUAUUGUAAUGAAUUGGAUAACAAAUUUUCUUUUAUAAAUAAUUUGAAUACUGUGCUUUGGAAACAUAUUUAAAUAUUUAGCCGUACUACUCUAAGCAACCUGCAGCAACCAGUGUUCUAUGCCUUGCACUGUGAAAGCCUGGGUUUGUGGAUACAAGUAGUGAGGGUUUUAAUUUAGAGUUGGUUUGUACAAAGUUAUGCUUUGGAUUUUAUUGCUUGAAAACUUCUACACUGUGUGCUGUUGUUGAAAAGAUGUAUGUACAGCUGCUAUGCAUAAUAGUCAUGUCAGAGAGAAAUAUACAAGAAAAAAAUGACAAGAGAAAUGCUGUUCAGAGUCAGCAGUUCAGGUUCAUGGAGAAAUGAUAAAAUGACUUCACAUCAGUGUGUCACUUCGUUCAUUUGUAUUGAAAACAAAACAGGAAAUGUUGAUAUUAUUGCCCAGAUAUUUUGUGUAUCACGUUAUUACUUGUGUCUGUACUUGCCUUAAUGUUAUAAAUUGUCACUUGCACCGAUUCCCUGAGUACCACAUCAGUCCUUUAUUAUUUUGUGCAUUGGGACAUUGCAAGUGUCAUAAAAUGACUAUUUCAUUUGCUUAAGUACUUUGAAUAAAUGGGCCAGUUUUCAUAUCAUUCCCAGCUGAUCUGCAGUUAAGGGCCUAGAAAUUAUAGCUUGGGGUGUAUGUAAUUAUUCUGCACACUGUUUUAAUUGAGGCAGUUACCGUAGCUUACUGUCACUAUUGAAAUAGUGCAGAAUUAAUACAUUAGUGUUAUAUUGUAUAAUUUCAAGACUAAUAUAUUCCCACUUCAUAAAAAAAAGUUACAUCAUCUUUAAAAGUAUGAUAUAGUCUUAUAAGGAUGCUGCAGUGUGCCUGCCAAAGAUCUUAUUUGGAUUAGACCUGAAUGGAUAGGCAAUUUGGUCCAGUAUAGAGAGAACAUUAUUAUAUGUAUAUAUGUACAAACUAUAGCCUCAGUUCAAUAGAAACCAGGCAUGUGGAGUUGCUGCCUUAGACUAAGUUUUAACAUGUUGAAGAAUACAAUAGGAUAAGUGAUACAACAGGUAAGCAUCUUAUCCUAUCUGUGUUCCCACCGGGUGCUUUUUUCCAUGUAAAUUAGUUUUGCCUCCCUUUCCUGACAUGAUUCUGAAGUUAUUAAGUAAUUUCCCUGAAACAAUAUAUUAGAAUAAUAGAUUACAAACAGCCCCUUAUAGCAUUUCACUCAUUGUCUUAGAGGCAAUGGUGAGUUUUCAGUCAGUUUAUAGAACAACUGAAUUAUCUUUUGGUUUUUAAAUGCUUUCACUGAAUAUUACAAUUAAAUAUUCAAUUAUGUAAAUCCAACAAUUCUCACUGCACCUGAAAAUUAUAUCAUCUUGUGUUUGUAAAAGAAAAAUGUCUUUAAAAAGCAAUUAAAAUUAAUGAACAGUGGACAAUUCACCACAUGGCUAACCCCAAACAAUAUUUUGUUCCUUCAACCAAACAUUUCAUUUGCAUUUUAAUUUAUCACCAGGUAUUCAAUUGUAGAAUUUGUAUGCAUUUUCUAUAUUUUAUACAUUAUGCAUUUUAUCUAAUUUGAAGUCUUGUUCUAUUGGUUGCAAUGUUUCUCGAUACUGUGGGGUAUAACUUUGUCUUGAGCAGUAAUAGAAAUUGGAUAACAGCAAAUCAACAGCAGGGUUACACUCCACUUGAUAUUCAGUUCCAUGUAGUUUAUGGAAAACAGGAUUAAGCUAAUGGCAAAAUAGGGUGCCUAAUGUCAGUGCUCAUUUAGUAUCCCUGCCCAAUUUAUAUCCCAAGGUUUCAAAGGGUGCACGUGAAAUCAAUAUUUAGUGUGUGGGAGACAGUUUUGCAGUAAAGCUUAACCUGCAUGUUGUAAAUUAGGUGUUAAGCUUUGAACCGACUCCAAAACGAAGGAUAGUGAGGCUCACCCCUGCAGGGAGUCUCACUUUGUCACAUACCACUAUAGGUUGAGCCGAUCCUUAAACUUAGGCUAUGGCCUACCGGAUAGAAUUUCGUCUUCUCUGUAUUUCUUGGUGCAAAUCAGCCAUUUAUAACUCACUCCCAGCAGUACCCUGCAUCUAAAGGGAGAAAAGGAAAGUUGAACUUGUACUUCAGGUGUCUAGAAACAGUCAUCAAUCCAAUAUUUAUAGAUGAAAGUUAGAUACCUUUACAUAGUUCUUUCCUCAAUUGCAUAGGAUCUUCAGGCAAGCACUCAACUGCUUCCCCUGUCAUCAGAUGUUAUCCACUAAAUCCUAAGCAAUGCAAUUGGGGGAUGGAUAUUUGGUUGCAGAGAUCUCUGCCACUAUUUCUUCUGCUUUUCUCUUCUUUGCAGGGUACAAAGCGUAGGAAAAUAGGCCUCAUAAUCUGUUGCAGAUGAAACACUGAAAACCAUAUCUGUGUGAUUCUGAUAAUGGGAGUUUGUUAGUGAUAAGUGAUAUGAUUCUUAUAGUCAACAAGUACUUGCCUGCUUGAUAUUGUAUGGAAACUUACAAGAAGUCAUUACAUUUAGAGUUUUAUCUGGUUCAUUUGGAUAUAGUACAAAGUUUUAAAAAUGGACCUAAUGCAAGUUGCCUCCAGAAUUGUAUGUUCAAUUCUGCUUUAUCCCCUCUGUGCUUUUUAAUUGCAACUGCUAGCAUUCAGAUAUCAUGAAGUAUGUAAGUUUUAAAAUAAUGAUGGAAUUUAACAUCUGCAGGAAGCGUUCUGAUUCAAUUGGAAAAGUUAAGUGUAGGAAAUGUGGUCAGAUUUAUAAAAGUUGCUUUUCUUUUAGUCUAUCAGUGAAUGCCAUGAAGCAAGCAAAGUUGUCAGUGUUUUAUUUAUUGUCUUCGUUCUUUAAAUUAGUCAUACUAGUAUGAAUAAAAAUGUGAAGAAUCAUGUUGACAUUUUUGGCAUAACGUUGGAGUAAUACUUUCUGUUUAGAGUCACUGAGGCAUGCCGUAUGGUUGCUUGGUAAUAGUUAAUUAACAGCUAAUAUGUAUUGUGCAAUAUGGAGUAAAUAUAGAAGUUAAGAAUUUACAAGCACCAGACUGAGCAUUUUGGUUAAACUGGACUUUGUUAGUUUUCUCAUAAGAUGUUGUAACUGGCAUUUUCACAUAAUGUUCUGUUUAAUAUUUAAAACUCCAGUUUUAAAACACUUUCCUAAAACAAGUUAACACGUUACAUAAAAUUUACAGCAAGGGAAGAUACCCUUGAGCCCAACUGGUCUGUGUCUGAGUUUAUGUUCCACAUGAAUUUUCUCCUUUAUCUAACCCUAUCAGUAGUCUCAUUUCAAUUUCAGAAUACAACUGAAUCAUUUUUAAUAUCCUGUGUAAUAUGUAGUGAUGGGAGCUAAUUUGUUUUACACAGAUUAAGCUUCCAGGGCCACAGUGCUGAGAGACAAGCAGUGUAAAACUGUGACAGAUGUCAAAGCAACUUAAAAAAAAUGCACUUAAGUCUUUAUGAGUUGAUAAUCAUGGCUGUGAACCUAAAUGCCUGUAACAGAAACAAACUACAACCUGAUAAUUGCCGAAUAAAAUGAAAAUGAUUAGUAAUAAAGUCAGAUUUCAGGGUGAGAUUUCUGACUUCUCACCAAGCAUCAUUGGAGUUGAUACAUAUUGCUGAAACUGAUGGGCUGUCCUUGUAAACACUGAUUACAUUCUGACUAACUUUGUUUCAUUAAAUGAAUUGUUUAACAAAUGAACUUCUGCCUUAUAAAAUUACAUUAAAUGUCAAGGGUGUAUAUUUAUGUAUGUGUGUUUCUAUUAUAAAUACGAUUUAUUUUCCUUGAUCUCUCAGUAUCACACCACUGUCCUGGCCAAGAGGUCAUGUUGACGAUCUGCUCAGAACCCAUGGGAAUAUUUCUAUUCAGCCUAUCUCCAUCUCCCAUUUCUAUUUUCCCUUUAUGGAACUCCAUUCCAGUGCCUUCUCAUGACAGUGUGACUGAGACCAUUAACUCACUGUGUGCAAAAGUACAGGUGGCUAGUUUAGGGAAAGGCAAAAUUUAAACUGGUCCAGUCAAGAGCUCAAAAACUGUGUUUGAGACAACAUAGGAGAAGCAGUACCUUACAUUUCAUUGUGCCAUACUUAAUGUGGGAAGGUGUGAAUGACAAAAACGUAGCAAUUAUAAUUUGUCCACAAUAAUAUCCUUUGUCUUUAUUUUGACAAGGUUAGUUGAAGUCAAUGGAUAUACUGUAAUAUAUUCAAAUAAAUUAACAGUUGUAUUCACCGUUAUUUAAUUGCAUUUAUCAGAGAAAAAGCAUCAAGAGAGAUAAGUUUAUGAAAGCAAUAAGUGCCUUGGUCUUAUAUUUGAUUUCAUUCUAAAACAACUAUCAAAAUGAAAACUUUAAAUUGUAAGUUUUCCAAGUUAAACAAUUUGUACUUAUUUUUUCAGUUAAUUAGGAAGCUGAUCAUUUUCCAAACCUCUGUGAAGAGUUCCUUUACUUUGCUGUAUGAUAAUAUAAAUUUCCAAGCCAAUUUUCCUCUCCUGCAUUUCUUCA